AUUGCUGCAGCUCUUUCCUAAUGGGUGUCCCUGAACCCAGAGUGACUGGAGGAACGUGUGUGUGUGUCAUUGUGCAGACUGCUAUAAAAAGCCACCUUUGCAUGGAGAGCUUGAGUAGCCAGCCCCUGCUAGAAUUGUAUUUGCUUCACAAGUGUGUGGAAUGUACUUGUGUGCUAAGGAACAGCUAUAUUCAGUACUUUGUGCUCAGGGAGCCUCAUUUGAACAGACAUUUACAAUGGAUUCUUCUGUCACUAACAAAGAGGAGGUGGAAAACAACCCUUUAAAGUACCUGAAAGCCGAACAGACUGGGAAAAUGUGGCUGCGCCUCAGAGGAAUGCAGAAAUACAAAAACACCUCCCAAAGAUUAAGAUGUUUGGUGAAGCAGCUGGAAAAAGGUGAAGUGAAUGUGCUGGACCUUAAGAAGAACAUAGAAUAUGCAGCAUCUGUUUUGGAAGCUGUGUACAUUGACGAAACAAGACAGUUAUUGGACACUGAAGACGAACUCUGUGAUAUCCACUCGGAUGCAGUCCCUUCGGAGGUUCGGGAUUGGCUGGCCUCCACCUUUACCAAGAAGAUGGGUGUGGCUAGGAGGAGACCAGACGAGAAGCCCAAGUUUCGCAGCAUAGUCCACGCAGUGCAAGCAGGAAUUUUUGUAGAUAGGAUGUUUCGAAAGACUUCUGUCUUGGUUGGGCUAACAUACCCUCCGGCUGUUGUUGAAGUUUUAAAGGAUGUAGACAAAUGGUCUUUCAAUGUCUUUGCCCUAAACGAAGCGGGAGGAGAACAUGCCUUGAGGUUCUUGGUCUAUGAACUCUUCACCAGAUAUGAUCUUAUCUCUCGAUUCAGGGUCCCUAUAAGUGCACUCCUCAACUUUGUUGAAGCAUUGGAAGUUGGGUAUAGCAAGUACAAAAACCCUUACCACAAUCUAGUCCAUGCAGCUGAUGUUACCCAGACUUUACACUAUUUUAUGGUUCAUACAGGUUUGAUGCACUCCUUAACAGAACUGGACAUUUUUGCAAUGGUUUUUGCAGCUGCCAUCCAUGACUUUGAACACACAGGGACCACAAACAACUUCCACAUUCAAACCAGGUCAGACGUUGCAAUCUUGUACAAUGACCGUUCUGUCCUUGAAAAUCACCACAUUAGUGCUGCGUAUAGACUCAUGCAAGAGCCUGAAAUGAAUAUCCUGGCCAACCUGUCAAAAGAUGAUUGGCGGGAACUUCGUACAUUGGUGGUUGAUAUGGUUUUAUAUACAGAUAUGUCUGGCCAUUUCCAGCACAUUAAAAACAUAAAAAAUGCGCUGCAGCAGCCUGAAGGAGUAGACAAGUCAAAAGCCAUGUCCCUCAUGCUGCAUACAGCCGAUAUAAGCCACCCUGCAAAAUCCUGGGAACUGCACCACAGAUGGACAAACGCUCUGAUGGAGGAAUUCUUUAGACAGGGAGACAAAGAAGCUGAACUGGGGUUGCCUUUCUCACCUCUUUGUGAUCGCAAGUCCACAUUGGUAGCCCAGUCACAGAUAGGUUUUAUUGAUUUCAUUGUAGAACCAACUUUCUCUGUUCUGACUGAUGUGACGGAGAAGAUAGUAACUCCUCUUAUAGAGGAACAUUUACAUUCGGGGGGCUCUGGGCUCCAAAAGUCCAGCGUGAACAGCGGGGGAGCAGGCGGUGUUGUUGAAUCUGUACAAAAACACAGUAAAAAGGUUUCCACAGAAGAUCAAGGGUCUUCCACAGACUAUUCCUUGUCCAGCAUUGAUCUGAAAGGAUUCAGAUGCAACUGGGUGGAUAUAAUGCAUCAGAACAAGGAGAGAUGGAAAGAGUUAGCUGUUCAAGAACAAGCAAGAAAAGAAAGAGAAUCAACUAACAAUGGCUGCAAGCACAGUGACAAGAAAAGUGAAGUCACAGAAAUUACAGAAGUCAAAUUAACAAGGACCGAUUCUGAGAAGGACAGUGAUUCGGUGUCAGAGUUGAAGUCCCCCUGUGAACUGAACACAACUUCUUGUAAUUCUUCCCAGAACUCUAAUUCUACUUCUGCGCCACAGAGGACACAGCAACAGGCUGACUCUUCACUUUCCAAUUCCACUGUUCGGGAAGGUAUUUCUGACAGACCCCCAUGGAACGGAGAGCAUCAGUCAUCUGCAAGUAUUGAGGACGAAACUGAGAAGCCUUAAAACUGAAACUUUACAUCCCAGAUUUUUCCUUCGUGUUUUAAUGUAAUGUUAUUUAUUAAAAGUGGGGUUUCUACUCCCCUUUGUAACACA